AUGUCGUCGUAUCCUGUUCCACCCCCUUCCUAUGGAGCUGCCCCAAAACAAACCCGUGAUGAGGCAGCGGAGCCGCUGCUCGCUGGGCCGUCCCGGUCAAACAACGCCAUCUUCGACCAACCAGACGGUGACCUCCAUGACGUGCCCGACGACUUCAAGUACGGCACCACCGUCUCCGACAGCUCCCCCCAAAUCCGCCGCGCCUUCGUCCGCAAGGUCUUCACCAUCCUCGUCUGCCAGAUAUUCGCCACCGUCCUCUUUGGCGGGCUGUUAUCGCAGAACAAGGAGGCGGUGGCCUGGGUCCAGCAGAAUGUGUGGGCCUUUUACGUCCCGCUCUUCGGGACCCUUGUCGCGCUCGGCGUGCUCUACUGGAAGCGCCAUUCGUUCCCGACCAACUUCAUCGCGCUGAGCGUGUUCACGCUGCUCGAGGCCGGCACUCUUGGGGUGGUCGUCGCGUUCUACGACAACCUCCUUGUCCUCCAGGCUCUUCUGAUCACGCUCGGCGUCUUCAUCGGCCUGACCCUCUUCACCCUCCAGUCCAAAUACGACUUUGACGGUCUGGGCCCGUUCCUCUUUGGCGGCCUCAUCGCCCUUUGCAUGACCGGCUUCAUCGGCCUGAUCAUCCCGUUCGGGCAGACGAUGGACCUCAUCUACGCCUGCGGCGGGUGCCUGAUCUUCUCGGGCUACAUCGUCUACGACACCUACCUCAUCAACGCCCGCCUCUCGCCCGACGAGUACAUCAUGGGCGCCGUCUCCCUCUACCUCGACUUUAUCAACCUCUUCCUCAGCAUCCUCCGUCUCCUCAACAACUUGCAAGAGCGUUAA